AUGGGCAAAAUACUUCGACCACUGGCAUGGGCGACAAAAGCGACCCGUGCCGCUGACCCACCGAAACAGGAGAACUCAGUCGGGAAAUCUACGAGUAGCUGGCGUCGUCGAUUUCUGGCUCCACCCUCGACAGGCGCCCUUUCCACCGCUACUUCGGGGGCUUCACCUUCACCGAUCAACAGUCAGGUUCUUCUGUCAGCAGAAUUACCUCUUUCAUCUGGUGCCUCACAGAGAAGUAUCUCACCUGAUCCAACGGCAACCGUAUUCAGACGACCCAGCCUUGAUGCCGGACAGUUUCUUGCCUCGCCCAGUUUAGCCAGUGCGUCCCAAACCCGGGUUGACUUAUGGGCGUCAGCUCGACAAACCCUGACCGACGAUGAGCUCAAGACUUUUGACAAAAGCUUUCCUCGCAAAACGACACCACUUGAAUACUCGGCUUUGUUGAAAGAGCUUGGAGAUGCGAUAAACAAGUACCAGAGCAGUCAGUGGCGGUACGAGAAGGAAGAUGGCGCACAAAUCGUGUUCCGUAAUGUCAUGGACAAGGUCCUUGCUUGGGCAGAUACUCUGAAAGACAUUGGCUACUCACUUACAGCUCUGGAUCCAACAAAGCAUGCUGCUCAAGUCUGGGCAGGAUUGCAACUGGUCGUUGCUGCAGCUGUAAGAAAUACUGCCACACGAAAUUUGGUGUUCGAUAUUGAAAGCAUCGCCAAGUUGAUCAAAAGAUGCACAAUGUUCGAAUCACUCUACGACUUGACCAGUUCAAGCCAGUUAAGUGACGUGGAACAAGAACUUCAAAGCGCCCAGAUCCGUUUGUAUGCCCAUGUCCUGAAGUAUUUGCUUGCUGCCAUCAAGUAUAUGCAACAGGGCGGCUGGAAACAUGGGCUGGAUGCAUUGGUAUCUAGAGAUCCUGUCUCAGAAACAAUGAAGGCAAUUGAUCUAGCUGGCCUGGAAGUCAAAAAAUGGGCCAAGCUAGCUGACAAAGAAGCCUCAAAACGAGCUGUAGAUAUGAUUGCAGAAAACCAGAAGGAAAUUCGAGACAAACUCAAGAAAAUAGGCGAUCCAAUGCUCGCCAUGGUCGACGAAUGUAAGCUAAUAAGGAAUGAGAUCGCCAAUCAGAGGCAGGAAAAGAUCUUGAACUGGAUAUCGACAAUCCUCCCUGCAAAUCGGCACAUGACCAUUCAGCGGCAGCGUAGGCAAGGCACCGGGGAUUGGCUGCUCGAAAACUCACGAUAUAUUGACUGGAAGUCAUCCACGCAAUCUUGCACCCUGUGGAUGUAUGGCAAGGCUGGCUACGGUAAGUCCAUUCUCGCGUCCAAAGUCAUCAACGACAUACAAAAGCGGUGCGAAGCAGAGAAAACAAGACACUUCACUCGUCGAAAUCCCAACCCGGACCGCCUGGCGUACUAUUAUUGCGACAAGGCCAACAAUGCGAAAGAACUGGGAGAUCCAUUAAAUAUUCUGAGAUGCAUCUUGAGGCAGUUGUCAACUAUCCAAGAAUAUCCGUUGAUGAGACUCAUCGUGGAGAAAUAUGAAAGUAUACAUGAACAGAGGCACAUCAGCGAGUUGGAAUGCAAGGACUUGAUCAUAAGUCUUUGUGAUAUCUUCCCUCAAACGACCUUGGUCCUCGAUGGCUUGGAUGAGUGCGAACUUGAAGUGCGAAGGUCCUUGUUAGAGGCUCUGCAAGCGAUCAUGUCAGGGACCCAUGGCAUACUGAAGUUGUUCAUUUCCAGCAGAUUCGAAGGAGAUAUAGACCUUGCUUUGGUGGAUGCAGAUCAUCGCCUGGGGCUCAAGGCUGCUGAUAAUCAGGGCGAUAUUGUCUUGUUUGUCAGCGAGCAAGUCAAAAGUUGUAUUGGCCAUGGUCUUCCGCGAACUCUUACAGCUGCACAACAAGACAGGAUUAUUGAGGUUCUAACAAGCAAGGCCGAUGGAAUGUUUCGUUGGGUACAGCUUUCCCUGGCUGCACUUCGAAGGCAUAAGGAUCCCAAAGACGUCAUGGAGCACGUUGGUCGACUACCCCCUGGGCUGAAUGCAAUAUAUGCGGAAAUCUUGGACGAAAUCAACACCUUUGGCCGACACACCCUCGAACUGGUGCGUAAGACAUUGAACAUGUUGCUGUAUCAACGAGUCAGUCUGUUUCAAUCAGAUUUCAUCAGAUUUAUCUGUCCAGGAAUCGCAGACGUUGACAUCGAGGCAAAAUCCAUUGAUGUUCUAGACGCAUGUCGACAUCUGAUUGAACUUGACCUUGUCGGGGAUUCUUUCCGACUUGCUCAUGCCUCUGUGAAAGAGUAUCUUGUUGAAGAAUAUGCUCAGAACGAGUAUCACCCAGAUGAAGGCCAUGCGGCAAUUUCCAAGAUAUGCAUUCGAAUUUUACAGAACAUGAUCAAUUCAACUUCGGGCAUGCGUGGUGUCACCUAUGCUGAAAACUUCUGGAUAUACCAUGUCGAUGGAUGCAAUGAGCUGAGGACACAAGAUAUGGUGCUAAGCAAGAUCUUGGAGGAGUGCCAAGUUACAGCUUCAACUCCAUUCUGGUUUGAAGAAUGGCUCCGGACUACGCGACUGCCAGUACAUUUUAGCGGCACUUCUUCAAAAGACCGUAUUUACGAGUUCAAAUAUGCUGCAUCCCAUUGCUCUACCCCGACUUCGCUUCUCCUUACUAGUGCUUUUGAUUUCAGAGAGCUCUUAUGUGAGGCCGAUAUCCUUCCCCAGAGCCUCCUGCGGUUGAAAAAUCUCUGGGGUGAUAGUCCUCUGUCUGUCUCCAUCGAGUGUGGCAAUGUCAACAUCGCAAAACUAUUCAUCGCAAAGGUUGGGCAGCCACAGACACCCAACUGCGAAGUAUCUCAAUGGCAAAAGUCUGAAUUGAUCCAGGCUCUGUGUUGUGCUGCAAAGUGUGGGCAGCAAGAAGUGUUUGAUCUACUGAUUAAAUCCGGAGCCGACUUUGAUGCAAAGAAUGGGGAUGGAUUGACCCCAGUACAAUUGGCCGUCUCGAGUGGGCGGGUUCAAAUCCUAAAGCAGCUCAUUUUCGAACAUGGAGCAAACACAGACGUUCCAGAUGCCAAAGGCAACCCGAUACUACUGCAAGCAAUUGCUUGUAAUGAUAUCGCGUGUGUGGAGCUGAUACUUGAGAAAAUUAAAGACAUUGAGGCCACUGACAAAACCGGAGGUGGCCCACUUCAUAGAGCUGCAGCAACCGGCAACCAACUAAUUAUUGAAAUGCUGAUCAAGAAGGGGGCGAAUCUCGGUGCAAUAAACCGUGCUGGAGAGAGCCCAUUACAUACCGCGGCGGGUCGAUAUUCCUUGAAUGCAGUUCGGCUCCUCAUUGAUCGAGGCUCGAAAACCGACAGCAGAGAUAAAGAGGGGAAAACGCCUGUUCAUGUUGCUGCUGAACAUGGAAAAGCAGAUAUUUUACGAUGUCUCGUGGGCAUUCAAUCUAAUCUGAACUUGCAAGAUGAACGAGGGAUGACGCCUUUGCAUUACGCCGUCAUGGGCUCUCAGACUGUCGUUGGCAUAUUGCUGGAGGCUGGGGCUGACCCUCAUGUGAUAACUGACGAUGGUGAAACACCUUAUGAUUUGGCGGUACGCAUGGAUCGUCAGGGGGCAAUCAAACAAUUCAACAGCAUGGGACUGUGA